AAAAAAAAAAAAAGAGGAAAAUAAUUCAACCGUUUCUGAUUUUGCUUCAAUGGUAGUCUGAACCUAAGAUUGGGGCCUUCUAAGAAAUAAGUGGGAUGUAUUUAGUGUUACACACCAGCCUUCAAAACUUGAGCUCCCCUGGAUUAAUGUAAAGAGCUGAAAAACAUGUCCGCAGGAUUGAGUAUUGGUGGCCUUUUUCAGCCCAAAAUUUUUGGCUUCCACAGCAGGCAAAUCCAAGGCAUAAGGGGAGGAAACUUUUGCUUGGGGAGAAAGGGGUUGUUUGUGAAAAAAAAUAUUACUUGCUGUUCUUCCCAGAAGGAUAAGUUUUCUUAUGAGAAGCGUGAAAAGAAUGUACCUUUGGUUAAGAUGUGUGGAAUUACAUCAGCUAAAGAUGCUGCUAUGGCAGCAGAAGCUGGUGCUAAUUUUAUUGGAAUGAUUAUUUGGCCAAACUCCAAGCGUUCGGUUUCACUUGCAGUUGCUAAGGAGAUUUCAAAAGUUGCAAGAGAUUAUGGGGCAGAUCCUGUUGGGGUGUUUGUGGAUGAUGAUUCUGAGAUGAUAUUAAGAGCUGCUGACUCAGCAAAGCUUGAGUUUGUGCAGCUUCAUGGAGAUGGUUCCCGAGCAGCAUUUCCAGAGUUAGUGAAAGAAAACCGAAUAAUUUAUGUUCUUCAUGCAAAUGAAAAUGGAGACCUUCUAAACCAGAUUUCUGAUACAGAGUGUUCCUUGGUCGAUUGGAUUCUUGUGGAUAGUGCAAAGGGUGGCAGUGGCAAAGGAUUUAACUGGACCCAGUUUACUUUACCACCGAUUAGAAGCAAAAAUGGGUGGCUUUUGGCAGGAGGGAUCAAUCCUGAGAAUGUUUUUGAAGCCCUUUCCACCCUCAAGCCUAAUGGAAUUGAUGUUAGUAGUGGCAUCUGUGGCUCAGAUGGUAUUAACAAGGAUCAAUCGCGAAUAUCUUCCUUCAUGAGUUCCGUACAUUCUGUGCAUUAUUUGAUUGAAGAAGAGAAAAGCAAAAAAUAAUGAACUUCAUGUCUAUGAAGAACUGUUUAAAUUGUUAUAUAGACAUAAAUCUAUUUAUCUUGGUGUACAUUACUUCUUCAAUUUUGUCUAUUUAGUAGCAGAAGUUGUCAUGAGUCAAGAAUAAGAGGGUAUCAUGUUAGGGAUAUCAAACACAUCUUUUUUUAUUUAUCGCCUACUCUAGAAUUAAUGUAUCCAUGCAAAUUUUGUGGUGUAAUAAAAACUAAAUUAUUUGAUAAUGUUAUAUCAAGUCAUUUGAUUUCAUUCAA